AUGAUCCAUGGAGUCGAGACGCCGUUCGUGCAACCAGUGGAAGUGCGUGUCGAAGCUGCCGAGAUUUCAAUCUAUGACCUGCCGCCGAAUGCCACCUCGACAGAGCAAGCAGGGAGGAAAUCGGUGAUGACUGCGCCGUUGGACAUGCCCUUGAGAUUGAUUUUGUCAAAAGCUGCUGAUCACUGUGGUGAUACGAUCUCGAAAGCCGUUGCGGUGCACGUGUUCAUCCAGGACGUCGAUGAUGAGAGUUGGGAUGGCAGCAAGCACAAAGACCGCAAGGGCAAGGGCAACGGCGAUAACUCCACUGGCCAGGGCGACAAGGGAAAUGGCGAUGAUGGCGGCGAUGACGGCGAUGACAACCCAAGUGCUGCUGGCAGUGACGAGAAGCGUCGUAGGACCUCCUAG